AGAGAGAGAGAGAGGAGGCUGACUUGAAGAGCUAGAGAGUAAAUGCAUUUGGCUGUCCAUGUUGACUCUUUGAUUGCAAAACCCCACUCUUCAUUAUUGUUACUUUUAACUCUAUUAUUAUUGCUACUAAUUCACUCUUCAGCUUAAAUCUCUCUCUCCCUCUCUCUCUCUCGCUUUAUAAAUACACAAGCUCUCUCUCCACAUCUUCAGACAAAACCACCUACCAUUUGUACCUCUUUGUCUUAAGUACUCUUAACCCUACAAUUUCCUAAGCUCUCAAGCCAAAAAAAAAGAUUUAACUUUUUCUUCAUCUAUAUAUAUAUAUAUAUAUAUAUAUAUAUAUAUAUAUCCGAUCAUCAUCAAAGCCCUUCUCUCUGCUCAUACCACAAACCGUUCCAUUCUUCCCCUAAUUACAAAGUGAUAUAUACAUAGAGAAGAUUGAGAUGGGAAGACCACCAUGCUGUGACAAGAUUGGAGUGAAGAAAGGGCCAUGGACACCAGAGGAAGAUAUCAUCUUGGUUUCUUACAUCCAAGAACAUGGUCCUGGAAACUGGAGAUCUGUGCCUACUCAUACAGGUUUAAGGAGAUGUAGCAAAAGCUGUAGAUUGAGGUGGACUAAUUAUCUUCGACCUGGGAUUAAGCGUGGAAAUUUCACCGAGCAUGAAGAGAAGAUGAUUCUCCAUCUUCAAGCUCUUUUGGGAAACAGGUGGGCAGCUAUAGCAUCAUACCUUCCAGAAAGGACAGACAAUGAUAUAAAGAACUAUUGGAACACUCAUUUGAAGAAAAAGCUCAAGAAGAUGAAUGAUUCUUGUGAUAGUACUAUCAACAAUGGCCUUGAUGAUAAAGACUUCUCUUCAUCAAACAAAAACACUACUUCACAUCAAAGCAACAACUCCAGCAAAGGUCAAUGGGAGAGAAGGCUUCAGACAGAUAUCAACAUGGCUAAACAAGCUCUUUGUGAUGCCUUGUCUCUUGACAAACCACAAAACCCAUCUAAUUUCUCUAUUACCGAUCUUGGUUAUGGUCCAUCAUCUUCUUCUUCCUCUACCACCACCACCACCACCACAAGAAACAUUAAUCCAUACCCAUCUGGCGUCUAUGCUUCAAGCGCAGAGAACAUCGCUCGUUUGCUUCAGAAUUUUAUGAAAGACACACCAAAGACCUCGGUGCCCUCGCCGGUUGCAGCCACCGGGAUGGCUAUCACCACGGCAGCUUCCAGCCCUAGCACAACCGAAGGAGACGGAGAAGGAAUUGACCAUUCUUUAUUCAGCUUCAACUCCAUGGAUGAAGCUGAAGAGAAGCCAAAACUAAUAGACAAUGACAUUAAUGGUCUAAUUACACAAGGCUCUCUUUCUUUGUUCGAGAAAUGGCUCUUUGAUGAGCAAAGCCACGAUAUGAUCAUUAAUAACAUGUCACUAGAGGGUCAAGAAGUGUUGUUCUAGAAACCAAAAAAGUUUGACGAUUGGUUGAGGAACGACGAGGCUUAGUUAUAAACAAUUUGUAUAAUUAAGUACUCUUUAGUUUUGUUUGAAUCCUUAUCAUGAUAGUAUGGCAGUAAUUAGGGAGGAGUAGUAUAUUUAACACAUUUUUCUUUUUUUUCUUUUUUUUUUUUUUUUUUUUGUGUGUGGAGAUGUUAUUUUUUGGGUUAUCUUUGUCGACGUGGAGAUGAUAUCUUCUAGAAAUGUUGUAGAAACUCAAAAGUGUACAUCAUCUUUAUUAAUGUAACGUUAUUUUUAUCUUGUGGCUCA